GCGAUUCGCUCGUGAGUCGUGUGUUUGCUCUUGAAAUAUUGUUCGAAAAUUUACCAUCGAAUUUAUCAUAGAUUUAUCUCUUCGAUUUCUUUAAAAUGUGAAUUAAGCGAUGGACCCUACUUUAAUAGUUUUAAAAAUUGCUACAUUAGUUACAAUCAGUUCGUCAAUGGCAUCCCCUAAGUCUUCCCUCGCCAAGCUUGUACUGUCUCCUAAAAAUAAACCAUUUAAAGUUAUGGUUUUAGGCCAAUCGGGUGUUGGAAAAUCUGCGUUGGUCGUACGAUUUAUAACUCGACGUUUUAUCGGCGAAUACGAUCCCAAUUUAGAGAAGAUAUAUGCAUUCCAAACAGUAAUUGACAACGAAGCGGUUUACUUUGAAAUACUCGACUCAGCUGGUGAACCUCACGAAAGUGAAUUCUCUAAUAUAGAGAGUAACAUCAAAUGGGCAGAGGCAUUCAUCUUAGUAUAUUCCGUAACAGAUAAAUGUUCAUUUGAUGAAUGCCACCGGUUGAAGUUUUUAAUUAACUAUAAUAAGAGACGGCGUAGGCUUGCCUCGUCUAUAAAGGACAACAUUCAUGAAACUCCGGUAGUCCUAGUUGGCAACAAGAUAGAUCAAGUUGGCGAUCGUAUGGUGACAACUGAAGAAGGUCAACGCCGGAGUAAGGAAAUAGGCUGCGUUUGCUUCCACGAAAUAUCUGUCAGAGAAAGUAUUGAUCAGGUAUAUGGCGUAUUCAGAGAUGCCCGUCGUUUUUGGAGGGUUGGCAGUAAAUGGUCCAGAGGCCGCAGCGAUACUGACCUGCCGACUGCGUUGGGCAGACCACUCUCAAGAGCAGCCUCCGAUACUACAGAGCCUACAACAGUUUCGGCUACGUCUCUUUGCCGUCGUUGGACCGAAUUUGAUUUCGAGGAAGAAGAAAAAGAGCGGGGCGUGAUUCGUAGCGAUUCGAAUUCUUCCAGUGAGACUAUUGACGAAUUUCGCGCGCGAGCUAGCACAGAUUCAAGACUCCCACCACGACCUACUAGAUCUCGACAUCCUCCAGCCACCAGACCUCUAACUACUCCCGUUAGACGAAUGAGCGUAGCAAUGAGGGGCAACAGUUCCAGUACAUACUGAAGAUAUUCAUACUAAUAUAUAAUUAAAAGUCUGAACCAGAGCAUCGAAUUGGAUAAAAUUUUGAAAGAAAAUAGAAGAUCAAACAGGCUGUUUUUUCAAAUGUUGAAAUGAAAGAUUUUACUCGUAAUUAACCAUGAAGGGAGAAAUUAUUAUUUUCUCGAUCUUAUUCUCGAUAAACUAUACACAAACAUUUUUUACAAAAUCGUUGUGAAAUAUUUUUACAUAAAAUACAAUAGGUAAUGUAAUUAUUUACAUCUAAUAAAAAACAGCGUUUGAUUAGGGCCAACUCGUUAUGUCUUAA